UCCCCAACAGAAGAAUAACGAAGAACGUUCUUAAGCUGCGCUGGAUGAUGGAUAUCAAAGUGGAACAGCUCAAGACGGAGCUGCGGAUAUGCACCGCCUGCGGUGAGCCGAUCGCCGAUAAGUACCUCUUCGACAUCGAUGGUAGCGCCUGGCACGGAUCCUGUCUGCGGUGCUCCGUCUGUCUGACGCUGCUCGAACGCCAACCGUCGUGCUACUUCCGCGAUCGACACGUCUACUGCCGGACGGACUAUGCCAAAACGUUCGGCGCCAAGUGUUCCAAGUGCUGCCGCACGAUAGCGGCCUCCGAUUGGGUGCGCAAGGCGCGCGAUCUCGUCUUCCAUCUGGCGUGCUUCUCGUGCGACACUUGUGGCCGGCAGCUCUCGACCGGCGAGCAGUUUGCGCUGAUCGACGAUAAGGUGAUGUGCAAAAUUCACUACAUGGACACGGUCGACGAUGGAUCCAACUCGAGCGAUGACGGUUGCAGUAGCGAUGGGUACAACAAGAACAAAUCGAAGCGCGUCCGGACCACGUUUACCGAGGAACAGCUGCAGGUGCUGCAGGCCAACUUUCAGAUCGACAGCAACCCGGACGGGCAGGACCUGGAGCGGAUAGCGCAGCUGACGGGCCUCAGUAAGCGGGUGACACAGGUUUGGUUCCAGAACUCGCGCGCCCGCCAGAAGAAACAUACGCACGUUCCACGUGACCACAAUCCCAAUCUGUUCGGGGCGCUGCGACAGGAUCUGAACAACAACAGCAGCGGGCAAGCGGGCCUGAGCGACCACGAACCGGGCCACAGUAUGGGCAAACAUUCGGGUGCGAUGUUCAACUCACACGUGAACCUCAUCAACCUGAUGGUGUAACAUAUGGGAAGGCAAUCACUGUUGCAUGCGCCACACGGAGGUUGCCAAAUGGAUGAUUGCUGAAGACGUCGCCUC